CAGGGAGAAGAGAGGAGUUACUCCGUUCCUUUCCCGACCCUCCUCUUUCCUUCCCUCCCAAACUCGGGGAAAGAAAAAGAGAAGGAAGAAGAAGAACGGAGAGAGAGAGAAAGACAAGCAGCUUUGCCUGGAACGAGAAGGAAAAGAGUGAGUGAACAAGACUGGAAAAGAAGAAGACAGAACCGCUCAUCGCCGACGGCUGUGCGUAAAAGGGAAUGCAGUGAGGAAAAUCCGUUUCAGGGCUUGCUGUGUGGACUUUGGGGGCUGGCAGUGCAAGCGUAUCUUCGCCCUUGCCAUGCAGAGAGAGGGAUCUCUGAGCCUUGCUGUCGGGGAGCGUCCGGGCAGGUCUUUCCAGGCAGGGACCCCCAACCAGGCGCCGGAGCCUCUGUGGUGCUGAAAUGGACAGCUCCUCCUGGCCGCUGAACGGCUCCUCCGAGACCCCCGAGAAGCCCCCCGGGGGAGGCGAGCAGCUCCUGGGACGCUUCUCCACCCUGUGGGCCAUCGUCCUGGCCGUCCUCAUGGCCCUGCUCAUCGUGGCCACCGUGGUCGGCAACGCCUUGGUGAUGCUGGCCUUCGUGGUGGACUCCAGCCUGAGGACGCAGAACAACUACUUCCUCCUCAACUUGGCCAUCUCGGAUUUCCUAGUAGGUGCCUUUUGUAUCCCAUUGUACGUACCCUACGUAAUAACGGGGAGAUGGACCUUCGGGAGAAGUUUUUGCAAGCUCUGGCUGGUGAUUGAUUAUCUGCUGUGCACCACUUCGGUCUUCAACAUUGUGCUGAUCAGCUACGACAGAUUCCUCUCUGUGACAAGAGCAGUCUCAUACAGAGCACAGCAAGGAGAUACCAGUCAAGCAGUGUUCAAGAUGGUGAUGGUUUGGAUCUUGGCCUUCCUGCUGUAUGGACCUGCAAUUAUUAGCUGGGAAUACAUAUCUGGUGGAAGCAUCAUACCUGAUGGGGAAUGUUAUGCCGAAUUUUUCUACAACUGGUAUUUUCUUAUCACAGCUUCCACCAUUGAGUUUUUCACCCCUUUCAUCAGCGUGACAUUUUUCAACUUGAGCAUUUACUUGAACAUCCAGAAACGCACCAAAGUCCGCUUGGAUGUACUCAAUGAGACCCAAAACCAGAACUUCAUGGAAGAGAUUGAAAUGAGCCAAGACGCCCAAAUUUCCAUGAAAUGUUGCAAAUGGGAACCGAAAGACACAACGCAAACUCUGGAUGUUCCAAAAUGGAAUGACCAAGAAGAAAUCAGCAGAGGGAGUACAUUUGUGAAAUCUUCACUGGAGUCCAAUACAGAGAACUCGAGGUCUCCCAUUGACAAAGUGAAACCUUCAAGCAAAAAGAAUUGUAAAGACAUGGUGUCCACUCACUCAUUAGAGAAACGGAUGACGGUGGCUUCACAGAACAUGUCACAGCGUUUUAGGCUCAAAAGGGACAAAAAAGUAGCCAAAUCACUGGCUGUGAUUGUGGGCAUUUUUGGUCUCUGUUGGGCACCAUACACCCUUCUCAUGAUUAUCCGAGCUGCCUGUCAUGGCCACUGCAUCCCUGAGUAUUGGUAUGAGACCUCUUUUUGGCUCCUGUGGGUCAACUCAGCCAUCAACCCCAUCCUUUACCCACUCUGUCACUACAGCUUCAGGAGAGCUUUCGUUAAACUAUUGUGUCCCAAGAAAUUAAAGAUCCAGCCUCACAACUCUUUCCAGAAAUGCUGGAAGUGACCUUUUUCGAUCCAUUAUAAGGUUAGAAAGGGCAUGUUAUUAUCUUGCGUUGUUCUACAGUGCUUUACUUUUCUUGAGAGGCGUGAUAAUAGAGCUGUCAGGAAAUGUGGAUGUAACAGUCU